CAGCGCGUUUUCUCAUGAGCCGCGGAGCGGGCGAGGAGUUGGCGGGGUCGCGGUGGCGGGAGCCGGGCCUGGACCGGGAGCCGCAACCGGAGCCGGCCGAGCCGGGCCCCGAGGAGCGGAUCGCCGCUCGCCGCCGCCGCAUCGCCGCCCGCCUCGAUGCACAGCGCCGGCAAGCCCUUGGAGAAAAUGAGGAGCCAGAGGAGGAGGCUGAAGAGGUGGGAGAGGAGAGAAGCAGCCACAAGCAGGUUGAGGAGAGCCGGCAGAAGCUGGCCAAGCUGCUCUUUGAAGGCACGCGGUUGGUGACAGAUAUCCAGGUGGCUGCUGACUUGAGGGAAACACAGAGGAGAGCAGAACAGGCCGAGCUGAAGCUACAGAGGGUGGAGAAGCUGGAGAAUGAAGCCAGGACCAGUGCCGACAAGUUUGAGGAGAUCACCUCGAAGUGGGCCUUGGCCAAGGACAUGACAAUCCCUCAGGAGCUGUGGCAGCUGCUGAACCAACAGCAGCAGCUGUGCACGCAGCUUCUGGAGGAGAAGAACAAGCUCAUUGGUGAACUGCAGCAGGAGCUGAAAAACAAAGAUGAGCAAUACGUGCAAACCAUUAAGAAGCAGUCAGAUGACAUCCACCUGCUUUUGGAGAGAAUGGAGGAGCAGAUCAGGAUGAUGUUGAAAACUUACCGUCACAACAUCCAUCAGAUUGAGAAAGCUUUUGAGCUCGAACGGCGAGAGCUGCUGGACAACAACAGGAAGAAGUGGGAGGAGGCCAUCCAAACCCUCAACACAAAACAGCUGGAAUACCUGCAUGCCCGUGUGAAGAAGGUGGAAGAGUUUGAGAAACAGCUGAAUCAGCUGCGAGUGCAGGAUGAGGAGGAGUAUAACAGCAUGAAGAUUCAUCUGGAGAGUGAUGUGCAGAACCUGGAGAGGCAGCUCCAGCAUAUGAAAGCUGUCUAUUUGGUGAACCAGGAGAAGCUGGAAUACAACUUUCAGGUGCUUAAGAAGCAGGAUGAGGAGAACACCAUCAUCAGAUCACAACAGAAGAGGAAGCUCAACCGGCUCCACAGCUUACUCAAUAAUCUGAGAACAAAACUGGUCAAACAAGAGAAGCAGUUCAGAGAGGAGAACCAGAGCCUUGCAGCUGACUGCGAGCGCAUCACGGGACAGUGCAAGGAGGUGCAGAGGAGGAUGAGGCACUUUGCAGCCAGUGAUGCUGAGAAGUUCAUGAAGGUCUGGCUUAUGAACGAGGAGGAAGCCAAAGGGUUAAUGAGGAAAGCCCUGGAUGCUGAUCGCAUCAUUCACACCCAGCAACUGGGGCUGCCCUGGGAAGAGCCUCAUUACUGGUUCCUCAACAACAUCGGCCCCUUCAGGCAUUACAAGGCAAAGAGGGUGGCGACCAAGUUGGCUGCAGAGGUCCUGACAGAGAGCACCAGUGGGGCACAGGAGAAGAAAGAGAAGGAGAAGGAAGAAGUGGGCAGCGGAGAAGGCCAAAAAGAAAACACAGCAAAGGCUGGGGAUACAGCCACACCUCUGCAAAAUAUCUCCAAGAAGACUGCCAAGAGGAUCCUGGAGCUUGUGAGCGAUGAGUCGGGUUUCCUCAUUGAGAGAAAGCUGCUGAAGCCUCUGCGUGCACUGGGAAAGCAUGAAUGCACCCUCUUGAGGCUUGACUCCAUCUUUUCAGCCCUUGAGAUUGACAGUGAGGAUGACCUGUACCAGCUGGUGGAUUUCUUCUUGAAGUACAAAGCCAAGGAAGGAGCUCUCAGCCAGAGCCAGGGAAGCCCAGGUGGAGAAGAUGUCACAGACAUGGGUGAGGACAGAGCAGAUGGUGAAUGCAGUGCCCAGAGUGAUGAGCUCAAAUCCUCUCAGAGACCACUGGGCUCCCUUCCAUCUGUGUACAUCCGUGCUGAUGACGUCCUAAAGAUCCUGAAAGCAUUUGUGCAGGAUUUUCGCAAACUGAGGGAGGAGGACAGUUCUGCAAAGGAGGUGCUACAGGAACGAGACAGCUCUAAGGAUGGGGAGUACUGGGAAGCCUUGGCACACGUUAUCCCAGAGCCAACAAUGAAGCUGUGGGACGCUCUGGCGGUGGCACUGGAGAAAUAUUACAACAUCCUCACACGGAGGGCCAACCUGCUCGCUGAAGUAGCUGUCCUACAGCAGCAGAAUUCUGAGCUAAGCCUGAUGCUGGAGCAGUUCAUCAACUCCAGGGUAAACAGCAUGCUGCACUCCCCUCCUGUGCAUCAGAUGGACCUGAACCUGCCUUGUCCUGAAGAACCUCGAUGAAUGCAUGGAUCCAGGGCUCAGCUUUUCUCUGCCACAAGCUGAAGCUGUGUCUGAAGCCAGGACUUGCCGUCAAGGCCUAAUAAACCUCUCCCAAACUUGAGCCAGGAGUGUGUGUAUAACCUCCAAAUAGCACUCUAAAGCCUCUGAAGAUGCUGGGUUGCAGCAGGGAUGUGGCACUGUCCCAACCCAAGAACUGCCUGCAGCAUGUCCGAGCCAGGACCCCUCUCAUCUUUCCACUUUGCGAGCUCUCAGCAGUGCUCUUGGGCAGAGUCUCACCCCCACUGCCUGCCCGCUGGCCUGGGGAAGAAGCUGGAACUGUCCCUGCCACAGCUUCUGGGCAGGCAGCAGGACAUGGGGGCUCUGCUGGCCCCAUGGUGGCAUCAGCCCCAUUGUUUUCCCCUCUCUGUGUCACCAUACAGGUUGUUGCAGGGACCCACGUCAGCGUAACCACCAGCAUUGUGGUGUUUGAAAAAGCCACCUUUCUCUAUCUGCUUUUGCACUUUAUUCCAUUCUUUUGCUUCCUUUUGUCUCCCUGGACUCCUCUCGGACAACUCACCCCUCAAUUAUUUUUCCAUUAUUAUCCCAGCUCUGCUACAUCUGGACCCAAAUUCUGCACUUCUGGGGCACAGUUGGCCCAAAGCACUGCUACAGCAGGAUUGUCCCAAUGAGGGCUGUCACGUCCCUCCCUCCCCCACGGUUAUGUCUCAUUCCCAGCAGUGCUUUCCUGCCCAGCUUUAUCUUUAGCCUUGACUCCUUCAACACAGCACCUGCAGUUUCUCUCUGUCUUUGCUGCACACCGCAGCAAAACAACACCAUCAU